AUGAAUUUUCUGGAUGUACCAACAGACAGCCUUGGCCAUGUACCAAAGUCGGUGUUCAGACGUACCCUUAGUCCGGGUUCCAAGGACGAGAGUAACUCAGAAGCCACAGGGAGCAACUCAGACGACUUAUCCCAAGCCUCUUCAUCAUCAUUGCAGGUGCCUGCGAAAGAAGACGAGCAGACAAAGCUUACGUUAAUCAACUGUCCCAGCACUGUCUCGAUCACUUCAGACUCACAGAUCGCGGCAGUCGCGAACGCCUAUCCUCCAAAUCCGGACUCGUCGUUUGAUACUGGCGACGCGAACCGGUCGACUCCCGAGUACAAGCGGAUAGCUGCAUACGUAGGCGACUGA